UCAUAUUUAACACACCCACCCUCGAUCUCACGCUGGACAGACAGUGGUUCUCUUUUUCCUCGCGCAAAAGCCACAUAUUCGAGAGAGAAAGCGAAUCGGCACCUGUCCGAAUUAUUUAUUUGAUUUGUCUUGUUUUGGUUGUUUUGUAUUGCUUGUCGUUAUUCCGGUUUGUUGUGUGAUCAUUGACAUAUAUUUCAUCCUGGGUCGCUUACUGUGCAGUAGGCUCUCGGUGAACUAAUUCACUUAGCCUACACUUUUUUUUUUUUUUUUUUUUUAACCUGCGGUGCUUUUCAACGUUGGUUCACCGUUUAUCGUGGCAAAGGAGGAAUCUCAAAUAGACUUAUUUAAAAAUAUAUAUAUUUCAACAUUGGUGAAUAGCGCUCUCUGCGCUUUCCCUAUCCCGGACUGGACCAAUGCGUUGCCCGUGCCCAGCGGAUCCACGAUAGCCUCGUUUCUCACACCGCAGAGUUCACGCUCAACGGCCGGACCGAUGUGCGCCAGCAGACCACGCGAACACACACCUCUGAUGGAUCAUUUAUCUAGCGUUUUUGAGCUUUUUUUUUCGGGCCCCUUGCACUUUCUUUAUACCUUAUGUUAUGCAUAAAGCCUUGAGGUCGGACUCGGAGCAAUAGAGCAGAAAGCAGUUGAGAUAAUGCCGCUUGCCCAACUUGACCGUUGGUCUGAACCGAAUCGACUUGUUUUACCUGGGCGCAUGCGGAGAAUCCUCUCGUUCUGAAUCACAAAAGGAGCCUUCUAUGUGGUUGGGAAUACAAAAGUUGAACACUGACAACUUUAGUCUACUCAAGACGGCUAUAAGUGAAGAUGGUUUCGUGUUCAACGUGUAUUUCAUUAAAUUGGCAUCCAGCGUGAUAAACAUAAUCAGUGAUGUAGUGAGUCUGUUCAUAUGCGUGCUCAUCAUUUGCAGUAAAUACUCACAACAGCUCAAACAGGGGACUAUGAAGAUGCUACUCUUCCGUAAAUUCCGGGUUUUGAUUCUCUUGGUGUUUCUAAUCGCCUGCUCGAUGCACAUCUUGAUAGACUUGUUACCAAAGCUGGAGAGGCGCGGCAACACCGGCUGCUCCUGCUCGCACACGCCGAGCGAGGACCCUCAGAACUGGGCUAAACACCGAGCCAGGUCGGGAGUGGAGUCGGGCUGGCCUAACAAACACACUCUGAGAAUCCUCCAGGACUUCAGCAAUGAGCCAAACUCUAACAUCUCUUCCCAUUCUCCGGAGAAGAUCCCCAAAGCGGGGGACAAAACGGAAGCCUUUAUACGGCCUGAACAUUAUGCGCAAAAUGGUGACAAAAAUAGACGGUUUAUACAGGACACUGUGCUCAACAAAAACGUACCUGUCAAAGGUUCAAGGUUGCGGGCGCUGUUUGACCACCCAUUAUUUAAGAGAACCUUACCAUCUCUGACCGACGAGGACACGUUGUUCAACGUCAACACAGACAUCAGAUUUGACACCAAAGGCGCCACAGAGAAUCAGGAAUGGCAUGCUGAGCAGAACGUGGAGGAGUACUCUCCGACAGGAGGGGAGCUGACGGUUGACUCCUACCCCAACUGGCUCCGCUUCCACAUAGGGAUUAAUCGAUAUGAGCUCUACUCCAGACACAACCCAGUCAUCGAUGCCCUUCUCAGGGACUUGGUUUCACAGAGAAUCACCAGUGUUGCCAUGAAGUCUGGAGGCACCCAACUAAAACUCAUCAUGACGUUCCAGAACUACGGACAGGCUCUGUUCAAACCUAUGAAGCAGACUCGGGAGCAGGAGACGCCCCCUGACUUUUUCUACUUUUCGGACUUUGAGAGACACAAUGCUGAGAUCGCUGCCUUUCAUCUGGACAGGAUCCUGGAUUUCCGCCGUGUCCCUCCUGUAGCCGGUAGACUAUUGAAUAUGACUAAAGAGAUCAAGGACGUGACCAGAGACAAGAAGCUGUGGAGAACCUUCUUCAUCUCACCAGCCAACAACAUCUGUUUCUACGGGGAGUGUUCGUACUACUGCUCUACAGAGCAUGCGCUGUGCGGUAAGCCAGACCAGAUCGAGGGUUCACUGGCUGCCUUCCUCCCAGACCUGACCCUGGCAAAACGCAAGACCUGGAGAAACCCCUGGAGACGAUCCUACAACAAACGCAAGAAAGCAGAGUGGGAGGUAGACCCUGACUACUGUGAAGAGGUUAAACAGACCCCUCCCUACGACAGCGGCACCCGUCUAUUGGACAUCAUGGACAUGACCAUCUUUGACUUCCUCAUGGGCAACAUGGAUCGACAUCACUACGAGACGUUUGAGAAGUUUGGCAACGAGAGCUUCAUCAUCCAUCUCGACAAUGGGAGAGGGUUUGGAAAGCAUUCUCAUGAUGAGGUGUCUAUUCUGGUGCCUUUAAGCCAAUGUUGCAGAGUGAAGAAGUCGACACACCUGCGUCUGCAGCUGCUGGCGAAGGAGGAGUACCAGCUGAGUGGUCUGAUGUCUGAGUCUCUGCUGAAGGACAAACUGACCCCCAUCCUCAUCCAGCCCCACCUGAAGGCUAUGGACAGACGACUACACCACACACUCAACGUCCUGGCAGACUGCAUCGAGAAGGAGGGCUAUAGUAAUGUUGUGGAGGAUGACCUGGCGGGGGAGAGGGAGUGGGGGCACACAUCACCCAGGGGGAGGUAGCUGCGAGGCCUGAACUGUUCUAGAAUGGACUAGACUAGAUUGGACUGGAUCGAACUGGCCGGAACUAGAGUGGAUCGGACUUAACUGGACUGGAUUGAACAAAUGUGGACCGCUAUCACCAUAGGCCCCUUAAAUAGCUUAGUGUACACCACCCAACCAACCGAUCGAUCGAUGGAUUGCCCACCACAGCGCUACAGACCAUGAAAGUCUUGAGAUGCUUGUCUUGUUCAGAAGACAUUUUUGAAUUCAGUGAAUUCCAAGACUGAUAUUAUUCCUUCUGUUGUCACCUGAAUCAUGUGUGUUUAUAAGCAUUGUUGGGACCUGUCAAAGGCCUGUAAACAACAUGCCUAUUGGAGGAGAUCGACUCUGUCUUAAUUUUUUUUAAAGUUUAUUGCUAAUUGUUUUAUUACUUCUGUUGUUGUUUUACGUUGUUGUCGAUGUGUUUUUUUAUAAAUAUAUUUGAUUGGAGUGCCAGUUUACUGCAAAUUGUGUCUUCUGCUUUUCAUCUUUCAAGUGCAACCUGUUCUGAGAGUAUUUAUUAGUUACCCCUGCCACAAAGUGGUCACAUAGUUCAAAGUUUGUCAGGUAGAGGGUAGCACUAGUGCAUCUACAAAUAGCAAUGUCCUUUGUCAAUAAAUUUGAACUUUUUGUUCAAUGUUAGUGGAAAGGAAUCUGAAUCGCUUGUGGAUUCAGUUUGAACUGUGUCAAAACCUAACAAGGGUACAGUAGGCUGAGUCCAAUUUAGGCUCUUUAAACUUUUCAAGAACUGCACCAGUCCAGAGCUGUAUCACAAUUCACAGACCCGUUAAUCAUUGGUUGGACUAAAUCAAAUCAAAAUGUAUGUUCAAAUCUAUGUUUAUAUUACAAUUAUUCUGAUUAUUCCUUUGUACUUUUUUUUUCUUAUUUUUCUUCUGCUUGUAGAUUAUUUUAUUGGUUUGAGGAUGAAGUUAAGAUUUAAAAGUAGUCCUCUAUUGUACUAAAAAGCUAAACGUGACACCAAGGUUUUGUAUGAUGAUUGUUCCUUUAGAGUGUGGUGAAUGUCUGAUGUCCAGAUGGAAAUGUGGUCUACAGAUAUUCAGGAUGUACAUUUCUUAACUUUCCAAUGGCAGAUCUGCUUUGCUGGAGAAAACAUUUCAGUUAUUGCUACUGAAAGUCAAUAUAUAGAUCAUUGGAGGCUGGUGGGAUGAGCUAUAGGAGGACGGGCUCAUUGUAAUGGCUGGAAUGGAAUAAAUGGAACAGUAUCAAACACAUUAAACAUAUGGAACCCACAUUUCUGACUCCGUUCCAUCUAUUCCAUUUUCAGCCAUUACAAUGAGCCCAUCCUCCUAUAGCUCCUCCCACCAGCCCCCACUGCAGUAGAUAAACCUAGUGCCUGUGCAAUGAUAGAACUACUUGAAAGUUUGGGAUCAUGACUAAAAGAGUAAUUGCAGGAAAAUAUGAAUUCCUGAUAAAAAGCUAUAUACAUAGGUGGGGAGUUCUGUGCGUAUACUCCAUCCAUCCCAUCCUGUUUUUACCUGUGUCUCUUUAGGUCUGUCUGGUUGAUACUGUAUGUAUGGACGGUUAAUGUGGAGGUUUGUAAAGGUGCAAUUAAACAAGAUGUGCAUUUAAA